GUGUCCAUGUUGCCGAGGCGGAAGGAAGAUUCUGGAGUGUAAAAUAAAAAACACAAAGCAGUUUUGAACAUUUUGCUAAUAUAUGUAUUUGUUUGUACCCAGCCAUGGUGAAAUUAAGAGCAAGGUGCCUUCUUGUUGGAGACGCAGCGGUGGGGAAAAGUGCUCUCUCUCAGAUGUUCCGGAGUGAUGGAGCACACUUCCAGAAGAACUACAGUAUGACUGCUGGAGUGGAACUGAUGGUGAAGUCAGUGAACAUCCCAGAGACCAGCGACAGUGUGGAACUGUACAUCUUUGACUCUGCCGGGAAAGAAGCCUUUGUUGAAGCAUGUGAGAAGUUGGUGAGGCCCACCACGUAUCUACUUUUCAAAUGGGGCCAGCCGUCUGUGUUGUGUCUGGUGUUUGACAUGAGCAGUGAGCUGUCAUUCAGUAGCUGUGGCCGCUGGCUGGAGAGGGUCAGGGCCCACUGCCAGGGUCUGCACAUCCCAGGUGUGUUGGUGGGUAACAAGUCGGACCUGUCCUCGCGGAGGGAGGUGGAGACCUCGGUGGCCCAGGAGUGGGCCCAAAGCCAGGGGCUGGAGUACCACGAGACGUCCGCUAAGGAGAUGGAGAACUGUGAAGCUCCCUUUCUGAGUCUAGCCCAGGCGUUCCACGCUCUCUACCAAGACAGACUACAGACCAUACAAAACCUGGCCUAACAUUCUGGAACCUGGCCUAACAUUCUGGAACCUGGCCUAACUUUCUAGAAUCUGGCCUGACAAUCUUGAACCUGAACAUUCUAGAACCUGGCCUAACAUUGUAGAACCUGCAGAACCUGGCCUAACACAUAUAAAUAUAUAUUACAUUGUAUAUAUUCUGUUUCUAUGGCAUCUAGAAAGGAUAUAUGGAUUCUAUUUCUAUGGCCUAGCAUUCUAGCACCUGGACCAACAUUCUUGAACUUGGCCCAACAUUCCCUAAUGGAAAAAUACUACCUCUGACAGUGAGAAAUCCACCUACAUUGGGGUGGAGAUUAAGAUGAAACUGUUAUCUAUUUACGACAAUAAUACAUGUUAUGUAUAUUC